AUGUCCAAAUUCAUUACUUACUUACAAUCUUUCGGUGCCAAGACCGAACUUCUCAUUGUGGCUCACAAUGCCAAGGCAUUUGACGCCGUUUUCGUGCUUCAAGAGCUCGUUGCACGGAGACUCAGGCCUGAACUUGUUCUCAAUGGGGCAAAAAUCCUAAACAUGAAACUAAACACAUGGUCAUUCAUAGACAGCCUCAUGUUUCUCCCCAUGCCCUUGAGUGCCCUGCCAAAGGCAUUUGGCCUCACUGAACUCAAAAAAGGUUACUUUCCAUUCUUGGCCAACACCCGCCAGUACUACAAUUAUGAGGGCCCCCUUCCUGAGCGUGAAAUGUACUGUGUCUCAGGCAUGAAAGCUCAGUCUGCCAUAGAAUUCAACAGAUGGUAUGACGAUCAAGUUGAACAGGGGGCAGUGUUCAAUUUCAAGAGGGAACUUGUGGACUACUGCAUUUCUGAUGUCACUAUCCUUCGCCAAGCCUGCCAGUCAUUCAGAAAACUGUUUGCUGAGUCAGCUGGUUUUGACCCAAUGUUCCAUUCGAUUACAUUGAGCUCGGCAGUUAUGAAUUCGUUCAGAAAGCUCUUUUUGCUCCCAAACUCCAUCGGCAUUGUCCCUCCUGGGGGGUAUCAUGGCAGGGGAAAACAGUCACACAUGGCUCUCCAGUGGCUUGACUGGGAGCAACACAAAUUGGGUCAAAGUAUCAAGACCAUUUACACAGAUAGGCCUGAGGGUGGUGAAAACCGCUAUGAGCGCACACAACGUAUCACUGCUCUCUUCAAAAAAGCAGGUUAUGUUGUCAUAGAAAAAUGGGAAUGUGACUGGAACGAGGACCUCAAAACACCCGAGGUCAAAGCUUAUUUUGAGGCCCACCCCACUACACGAUCACCUCCCCUUGAUUUGCGCAAAGCGCUCUGUGGCGGCAGGACCAGUGCCCUCCGAUGCUAUCACAAAGUUGAUCUCACUAAAGGUGAGAAAAUCAAGAUGGCGGACGUGGUGUCCGAGUAUCCAAAUGCAAAUUUGAGGGGGUGUUACCCCCUUGAUCAUCCAUCUAUCUAUCUAGAAGGUGACCCCCAAAUGCCCCCUGUGGAUACUUGGAAUGGUAUCGUGAAAUGUACUGUGCUUCCUCCCCGAGAUCUGUACCUUCCUGUGCUUCCCUAUAAGUGCAAUGGGAAGUUGAUGUUCCCUCUCUGCCGCACUUGCGUUGAAAAUGAGAGCCCUGACCUUUGUCAACACACAAAUCCCCUGGACAGACAACUCACUGGUGAAUGGUGUGCUCCAGAAUUACACUUGGCACUCCAGAAGGGGUACACACUGAUUGCCAUUCAUGAGGUCUACCAGUACCCUCGCACCAUGCAGUGA